AUUUCGGGCCCUAACCAACAGCCGGGCCGAGUUUCGUUUCUUAUCAAUCUCCCAUGGUUUUUGUCCCCAAAUCUUCCACUUCACUUUUCCCCUCCCCUUCCUUUGCGCGUUUACACUCUUUAUCCUCAAUUGCUCUUUGCUAUUGUACCCCAUAUUUAAGAAACCAUGCCACUCUCCAGGAUCGAUAGGAUUAAACUUCCCGCCUCCGCGGAUUUUCACGUUCAUCUGCGAGAUGGCGAUAUGAUGGAGCUUGUCGUCCCCACCAUUAGGCAGGGAGGGGUCAACACAGUCUAUGUCAUGCCCAAUCUUGUCCCCCCAGUGACCACCGUCGCGCAAGCACUCUCCUACAAAGAACGUCUCCAAGCUCUCGAGCCCCGCGUCACCUACCUAAUGUCCCUCUACCUCCACCCCUCAAUCACCCCCGAAACCAUAAUCGAAGCUAAGAGGAACGGAGUAAUCGGCGUGAAAUCCUACCCAGCAGGUGUAACCACAAAUUCCGACGCAGGCGUCAUCGACUACGAAGCCUUCUUCCCUGUCUUCGCCGAGAUGGAGCACCAGAACCUAAUCCUGAACUUACACGGCGAAUGCCCCUCGCACGGGGACAUCACAGUCAUGUCCGCCGAAGAGCGCUUCCUGCCUACAUUAUUAGACCUACAUGCACGUUUCCCACGCCUCCGCAUUGUGGUAGAGCACCUAAGCACGGCUGCGGCGGUCGAGACGGUAAAGAAAUGCGGGCCCUCCGUCGUGGGUACCAUUACGGCGCAUCAUUUGUCCCUUAUCGUGGACAAUGCGCUGGGUGACCCGUUCUGCUUCUGCAAACCCGUAGCAAAGCUGGUAGAGGAUCGUGAUGCACUGUUAAGGGCGGCCACAUCGGGGAGCAAGAAGUUCUUUUUCGGAUCGGAUAGUGCACCGCAUCCGACGGGGUCCAAGAGGGGUGGUGAUAAGAUUGCUGCGGGCGUGUUUACGCAGCCGUAUGCGACGCAGUAUGUGCUUGAUGCGUUUGAGAAAGGGUGUGAGAGUGGAGUGUUGAAGGCGGAGGACAUCACGAAGGAGGUGUUGGAGGGAUUUAUGGGGAAGUUUGGAAGGGAGUUCUAUGAAGUUCCACAGGAGCAGAAGGAGUUUAUUACACUGUCCAAAGCGAAGGGCAAGAUUCUGGAUGUGUUGAAGUCGGAGAAGACGGAUGUGGUACCUUUCAGAAAAGGUGAAGUAACCUGGGGUUUGACUUGGGGGUGAGUUGGAGGGGCCCCGAAUAGGGCUCGAAUAAAGCUGAAAUCAAUAUAGAAUUGGUCUUUAUUGGAGCCUAGGGUAUAAAACUACCCGCGUCUAUUGGAAUCGUGAUUAUGCGGAUUUUCAGUGUUGGACCCCGCUGGUCGUUAGUAAUUCGCUGGGCGAAAUGAAAGUCGGAGGUGCAGCAGUCAUAUAAAGAGUCAUAGAAUCGGGAUAUUUCUAUUUCUCUUCAUAAUAUUCCAAGGAAACUGUACAAGUUCUACUUAUUUCAUUUUCUUUAACUGAUAAACUCUGUAUAUCUCAGAUGUUUUCGUUUAUUCCUCGCCGCAAGCAACUUACAACCGUACCGUCGGAAAAGGUAAAGGGAGAGAAAAAAGGUCUUAUGAGGAAGAGGGGAAAAUAGAUUUUAUUGAAAUAACUAACAUCAUAUGGUAUAUUGGUAUUCGCUAAAAAAACAACACUCCCACAAACAAAGAGAGGAGUGAAAUAAAAAAGGUCA